GUGAUGAUCAUCGUAUCAUAGUUUUUUUUUCAUUGAAAAAUAAAUUAAAUUAAAUUUUCAUCAUCAUCAUGUUUGUGGUUACCGGUCGUAUUCUGUCCAUAAGGACAAAUUCUAUUAGACCAAUCAUCCAUCAAACAUUGGCAAAAACAUUAUGUUCUUCAUCAGCUGUGAUCAAACGAACAUCUUUGUAUGAAUUCCAUUUGGAAAGAGGUGCAAAAAUGGUACCAUUCGCUGGAUAUUCGAUGCCGAUUUCUUAUAAUGAUCUUUCGAUUCGUGAUUCUCAUCUGCAUACCAGAUCUAAUGUUUCAUUGUUUGAUGUAUCACAUAUGUUACAACUCGAACUAUAUGGUAAGGAUCGUGUUAAAUUUCUGGAAAAAUUAGUUGUUGCUGAUGUAGAAAAUUUACCGAUCAAUGGUGCAACAUUGACCUUGUAUACAAAUGCUAAUGGUGGAAUAAUUGAUGAUUUGAUUGUUAGUAAAAAACCCGAUGCACUUUAUAUCGUAUCGAAUGCAUCACGUUCAGAAGAAGAUCUGAAACACCUUGAAGAACAAAUGGCUCAAUUUAUUCAAACAAAUCCUGGUUCCGAUUUGAAUAUGAAAAUAUUGAAUGAUAAAAGUUUAUUAGCAUUUCAAGGACCAAAAGCAGCUGAAACAAUUCAACAAAAACUUGAAUCUGUUGAUUUGAAUUCAUUGAAAUUCAUGAAUGGAAUAGAAACCGUAUACGAUGGAAUACCCAUCCGAUUAACACGAUGUGGUUAUACGGGUGAAGAUGGUUUUGAAAUACAAGUGUCCAAUGAACAGGCAGCUAAUUUGGCCGAUAAGUUAUUACAACAACCGGUAUCCAGAUUAGCCGGAUUGGGUGCUCGUGAUUCAUUACGUUUGGAAGCUGGUCUUUGUCUUUAUGGUAACGAUAUUAACAUGACAACAACACCUAUACAGGCAACAUUAGCCUGGACCAUUGCUAAACGUCGUCGAACGGAAGCUAAUUUUUUGGGAGCAGAAAUUAUUCUACAGGAAAUGAAAGACAAACCUAAAAUCAAACGUAUCGGAUUGGUUGGAGCCAAAUCUGGACCACCAGUUCGUGCUGGUAGUAAAAUUUAUAAGGAUUCCGUUAUGAAUGAAGAGAAUUUAAUUGGCAAAACAACCAGUGGUUGUCCAUCACCAUCAAUGGGUCAGAAUAUAGCCAUGGCAUAUGUGAAAAGUUCAUCAUCCAAAGUAGGAACAUCAUUAUUCUGUGAAGUUCGUGGUAAACUAUAUGAAUAUCAUGUUUCCAAAAUGCCAUUUGUGCCAUCCAAAUAUUAUCUUUAAUAAUUUAAUUGUUUUUUCUUUGCAAAAUUUUUAAUUAUGUGUUAUCUGUACAAAAAUAAAUUGACACACAAA